AUGACCUAUGUCAAAUGUCAAACCAUCUAAGGAAAAGAAAUUCUGGCGGGUAAACAAUUUUGACGCUUGUGCACAGAUUUUUUUAAGGUAUUUUUGAAGAAGGCGUUUUAAUAAAAACUCGUAUUUUAUAUUUUUUAUAACAUUUUUGAAAGUUGGGUGUGUAUUAAUUAAUCAGUGCUUCUAUAAAAUAAUGGCUAAGGUCCAAUUGUGUAACAUAACCGUGAUGGACAAUCCUAGUCCUUUCUUGAACCCAUUUCAGUUCGAAAUAACUUUUGAGUGUAUAGAAGAACUUAGAGAAGAUUUGGAAUGGAAAAUGAUAUAUGUAGGCUCAGCUGAAAGUGAAGACUAUGAUCAAACUUUAGACUCAGUUUUUGUAGGACCAAUACCUGAAGGCAAACACAUGUUCGUCUUUCAAGCGGACCCUCCAAAUGUCUCACGUAUUCCAGAAAAUGAUGCUCUUGGUGUUACAGUUGUACUAUUAACGUGUUCUUAUAGAAGUCAGGAGUUCAUUCGUGUAGGAUAUUUUAUUAAUAAUGAAUAUACUGAUCCAGAACUUAAAGAAAAUUUACCUAGUCCUCCACAAUUUGAUAAGGUAACCCGAAAUAUUCUAGCAUCCGAACCAAGAGUUACCCGCUUUAAAAUCAACUGGGAAGAAACCAACCCCACAGAAAAUAACACAAACUCUGACCAAAGUGGAGCAUCAGCACCCACGACAUCAGAAGCUGGACCCUCUGCUCCUGUCGAAGUACCUGCUUUUAAUGAAAAUUCCAAUUCGUGGGCUACCAUGGAAUGUUCAUAAUAUUGUUGAUAGUUAAAUAAAUUUUCAGCUUUUCCGUACUUUACGUUAUUUACAGAUCAUUUGGAUAUUGUUUUUUUAGAAUAGAGUUUUGUAUAAUAAAUCAUAUUUAAUUACUUGUA